UGAUGCAUAAAUACUGAUCAAACUUUCAUUUCACAUUAGAAACUGCGUAGGACCUCACGACGUGUUGUUUUGAUUUGCUCCUGACAUUUGAAAGGGUUUUCACAGACAUGAAGGCACUUCUAGUUGUUGCAGUGGCCGCCUUGAUUCAUGGCAGUUACGCAACUUUGCUCAUUAAAGGGCCAACGGAGCCAGUUCUGGAGGGAGAUACGAUCACACUGGAGUGCCAGUACUUUGACUCUGAGCUCAACAUCAGCCAGGUCCACUUUGAGGUCUUCUCCAAGUACUUGCAGACUUGGCGCUCAGUUUGGGAGAGAUCUUGGUGCUAUUAUUCUAUGAUGAUCACACAGACUGAGGGCAGUCUGCUCCUGACUAUUCCCUAUGCAGGAAGGUUCUACGAGGGGCCCUACCGCUGUGUAUCAGACGCCGACAAUGUGACCGAGGCAGACAACUCCUCCCAACCGCUGGCCUUCAAAGUGCAUUAUAUGGGUGAGCUGUCACUUUCCAGGGAGGGCUACACCAGCUACCUGGGUGUCCCACAGGAGCUGAGGGUGCGACUCGGAGAUGACGUGGUGGUGAAGUGCUCUGCCAGCUCGUCAGAAGAGCCCAGCUACUUCUGGAACAAAGAGGGUAACGACUGGAUCCUGCCUUCCUCUACGCUGACACUGAGGAAGGUGAGUGCGGUGGAUGAAGGACAGUACACUUGCAUGGCUGAGCAUCCUUCUGUGGAGUCCCUCAGCAAGAAACGCACCAUCAGCAUCACCGUUCUGCCUGAGGAUGCCCCCUGGUAUGAGACGAGUAAUGGCCGUCUCAUUUUGAUGACCUCGGCGGCGGCAGUAGCUCUUUUGACCGCCAUCCUCUCCGUCGGUGUGUUCAUCUGCCGCAGGACCAAGCAGGCCAAGACCAGCAAAGGGCCCAUUGAUGACCGGUCUCAGAAAAAGCCCAUCUACAAAGCAAGUGUCGAGUCCCUACCCUCCACAAGCGGAGACAAACAACCUCUGGUGUGACUACAGAGACAGGUGGAAGGAGGAGAAUGGGGGACGGAUGGAGUGAGAAAAGAGGAAGAUGGAGUGGGUGGCCAGAAAAUGAAGGCUAGCAUAAAGGAGAUGCUGUGGGAGGAGAGAGGGAGGAGAGGAGAUAGGUAGAUAGGGAUAUUGGUAAACUGGGAGGAGAGCAAAAAUCAAAAUCGGUAACAAACUGGGUGUAUAAACACACUGCAGGGCAAAUGAUUUCUUUAGAGAUGCCAAAGCAGCUUUGCUUGUGGGUGUAGGUUGCAGUUAUGUGUCUUGGACAGAGAGGUGGGCAAUUUUCUUUUCAUUUAUUCUUAAGCACGAAAAACGGUGGACUACAUUCUUAGCAAAAUGAUGAUGAAGAGUUGUAAGAGCUGAAAAGACUCCACAUGCAAUUCUUUCCUUUCACCUGCAAACAUAAUUGCUCAGCUGUUUAUUAUGAGUGAAACAUUUUGGUGAUAGGCCAAGGUGCUGAUUUGUUUCCCUUUCAGAUUUUAUUUUUCUCCAAAUCAGAGCCAGCUCAAAGCAGCUUUGAGAGCGCUAUUAUAAUAUCUUUACCGUGACAGCUCUCAAGCACAUUGCACUCUCAUAUUUAAUUUACUGCACUUUAGAUAUCUGUGAUAUUAAAUGGCUUUUACAAAAAAAA